AUGGCCAGUGGGGCUGGCAGGACCGACCCUGCCAAAGGCAGUGAGUCGAAGGCAAUUGCUGUGUCUGCCAGCACGCUUGGUGCAGACCCGCUGGAGGACCCAGACAAGGCUGCAGCUCCGGGCACCAGACAGUACAAAGCCCCAGCCUACAAUGCGCCGGACGUGGAGAGGGGCAUGCUGACCAAGCGGAAGCAGCCCCUGGGUGAGGAGCCGCGCGAGUUCAUCCGCUACAGGCGCCAAGUCAAAAUCAACUGGUUUGGCCUGCUCGCCUUCCUCCUCUACCUGGGAGCCCUGGGAUUCUAUCUCUGGAUCCGUGUCACAAAGACGCUGGACCUGGGCCCCUACCUGUGGUACGGCUGCCUCAUCCUGGCCAUUGAGAUGCUGGGCGCCACCACAGUCAUCCUGUAUGGCCUCAACCUGGUGCUGGACCCAGUCGUGGCCAAUUACCACCUCGGCGAGGACCCCUCAAACCCCGGCAAGCCGCGCACACGCUACCCCUACCACGUGCGCGUCUGCGUGCCCUGCUACAAGGAGUCCCUGGAGAUCCUGCGCCGCACUAUCAUGGCCGCCUACGACGCCACGCUGCCCGCCGGCUGCGCGCGCACUAUCUACCUGUGCGAUGACGGCAAGGACCCCAAGAAGCGCAAGUGGGUGGACAUCCUGGGCUCUGAUGUGGUCUACGUCAGCGGCCGCAAGCGGCCCCCCGGCGAGAUGAACGGCAAGUCCGGCAACAUCAACAAUGUCUGCUCCCAGCUCUACCCCCCGGGCACUGUGGUCCCUGGCAACGAGCUCAUCUGCAUCUUCGAUGCCGACCAGGUGGCCAGCAAGGACUUCUUCCUGAAGACCCUGCCGCUCUUCGAUGGCGGUGACGAUGUGGGCAUGGUGCUGUCACCCCAGUGCUUCCACAACCUCAACCUGCACACCGACAUCUUCAACCACUCCAAUGUGCACUUCUGGGAGUACAUGCAGCCAGGCUAUGACGCCCUGGGCUUCAUCUCCUGCACAGGCACCAACUUCCUGGUCCGCUCCAACGCGCUGCUGGAAGUGGGAGGCUCUCCGACCUGGACGCUGACAGAGGACUACGCUCUGGGCAUGCAGCUGAAGAAAUAUGGCUGGCACUGCCGCUAUGUGCAGGAGUACCUCGCCAUCGGCGAAGCCCCUGACCAGAUCCGCAACUGCUACCAGCAGCGCUCCCGCUGGUGCAAGGGCCACUUCCAGAUCAUGUUCAACUGGAUGCACUGCCCCCUGCUCCAGUCCAAGCUCAGCUGGCCCAUGCGCAUCAUGUACAGCUCUGGAGUGUGGUCCUACGUCGUGGGGGCCAUCUCCACACCCACCUUCAUCAUCAUCCCCGCUGUCACCAUCUGGUUCGGCGUGUUCCCCAUCGUGGUCUCCCGCUGGACUGCCCUGGGCGUCACGGUCUACUACUUCGCCACCAACAUGGUGCUCUACUAUGUGCGCUCGUACUAUCACGUCGAGGCCCUCUGGUUUGCCAAUGUCGCCAACCAGCUCAUGUGGUGGACGUACGUGAAGGCGCUGUGGCGUGCGGUGAACUCCAUCUGCGGCUCCAAGAUCCAGUUCAAGACGACCCUCAAGGGCGCCAGCAUGCUCAUGAACAGCGCCCUACGCGAUCUGUGGAUGCCCGGCCUCUGCUUCUUCCUCAUGCUCGCCUCCAUCAUCACUGGCUUUGUCAAGCUGGCCCAGGGGCCCACGCUGGCAUCCCCCCUGAUCAUCUCCAUCCUGUGGGCCUUCGUCGCAGCAAUUUCGCCGUUCCUGGCUCUCUACUAUGCCACCAUCGCGCGCGGCCCUUCCCUGGCGUGGCUGUGCCGCAUCUGCAUGAUCCUGUCCUUCCUGGCCGGCAUCGCUGCCGUGCUGCUCAUGUGGGUCCUGUACCCCAUCCACUACGACUACUCCACGUCUCUCAAGAUGACCAACGCCUUCUACAACUCCCAGCGCGUGGGGUUGCUCCCAGCUGACAACAACAUCCCCUGGCGCUCCAACGCCCUGCUCUACGAGACCGGGCCGGACGGCAAUGAUCUGACUGGCGGCUGGCUGAACGGAGGCCCUGCAGGCAACCUGAAGAUGACCAUGCCCACAGCCUUCACCGUGUCCCUCAUGUCCUGGGGCCUCAUGUCCUUCCCCAAGGGCUACGCCGACGCCAACGCUACCUCUGACACCAUGUCCAACAUCAAGUGGGGCGCAGACUACCUGCUGAAGUGCAUUUCGUACGGGCCGACCGGCAACAUCAGCGGGCUGGUAUACCAAGUGGGCAACCAGACGACGGACUCGCUGUUCUGGGGCCGCCCCGAGGACAUCACCAUGAAGCGGCCCUACUACCUCGCCGACCCCGACAAGAUGUCCGACCUGGGAGGUGCCACCGUGGGCGCGCUGGCGUCGGCCGCCAUGGUCUGGCGCAAGGCUGACUACGGCUACUACCAGCGCCUCAUGGCCGCCGCCGCGCAGCUCUACGACGCCUCCCUGCGCACGCUCGGCAGGUACGGCAGCAAUGCAGUGGUGCUGGCGUGCGAGGAGCAGUACGCGAAGAAGCUGCAGGGCAGCAACAUCGUGCCGGUGUGCGUGCCGGCCUCAGUGCAGCUGAACGGCUCGGCCAUCCCCCUGUACAACUCCAGCUCCAUCUAUGAUAAGCUGCUGUGGGCCGCCACCUGGAUGUACAAGGCCACCGGCGACACCGACUACCUGGGCGACGCCGAGUCCUUCUACAUCCGCCACAUCUACGAUGAGGGCGCCCCAGACACGGUGCUGUACACGUGGAACGACUACUACUGGGCCUCCAACGUGCUGCUGGCGGAGACGACAGACGGCGGCACAUUCCACGAGCGCUCGCAGCACUUCAUGCGCCAGUGGGUCUGCGGCUUCGAUAAGCUCGUGCAGUACACCGGCCUCGGCCGCGCCUGGAAUACCAACGACGGCGUGCUGGCCACAACCGCCAACGCCGUGUUCCUGGCCACCCGCUACGCCAAAUAUGUGCUGCCCAGUAACGGCAAGAAGGCCACCAAGUACUUCUGCUGGGCGCGCGCACAGACUCGCUAUGUGCUGGGAGAUGCGGGCCGCUCGCUGAUGACCGGCUACGGCAAGAACCCGCCCACGCACGUGCAGAAUGAGGCGGCCUCCUGCCCGCCUGCGCCCAUUGCCUGCAAUGCUGUCUCCGCACAGCUGUCCCCCGACCCCAACCCCAACACCCUCAACGGCGCCCUGGUUGAGGGCCCCAUCUUCUCAGACACAUUCCAGGAUGUGAGAAGCCUGAACCAGACGCGUGUGAUGCUGGAGUACAAUGCUGGCUUCCAGGCUGCCCUUGCCGGGCUGCAGGAAUCUCCCGGCACCUGGGAAGUCUGCCUGCAGGGCUACAGUGUCCUGGUCAAGGACAAGACAAUCUGCUAUUAG